AUGGAUCCAAAGAAUAAUCCAUCUAAAAAUAGAGUAUCCAAGCUUCAACAUUUGACUGCGAAGAAGGUACGAAACCAAAUAGAAGUAGUUGCUGGAAAGCUAGAUAAAAAUCAGGGGCAAACGCACCUACUGGCUCGAUUGAAAGACAACGUCAAAGCUGGUAGUGACCAUUCACUGGGUCGUGAGGAGAAGAAUGGUGAACUCGGUAUAAGAAGUAUAUUCUACGAUAGAGAUUGGAAUUCAAAGGGCGCUGCACCAUUUCAAUACAGAAAUAUUCCUUACAAUUCUAGAACUUUCAAGAGACGAACCGAAGUUAAAGUUAGACUAGGCAACCUCAGGAAUAUUGAUAUACCAGGUGAAAGUCCCAAAUAA